AUGACUACGAAUGAACGAGCCAAACGCGACUCAGCCGAACGAAGCGCUCUGAGUAAAAUCUGGAACGAUUUAGAACGGAGUGAGAAAACAGAUAACGAACGACUCGAAGAAAAGGCGUUCGAUGAAUUUCAAAAUAAAUUUGGUUCCAAGGCAAAGUUUUCAACAAAUCCCGAAUAUAAGCAGUUCUUAAAUAUUCUACGCUUUAUAAUCAAAAAGAAGUUCUCUACUUCUUCGACUAAAUCGUGUUCAUUAUCCGUCGUCUACUGUCUGCGAAUCUUGUUGCGUGAUGUGGAAAAUCAACUUGUUUUUAUUCAAGAAAAUGGAAUGGUCGGCUUGAAAGCGCAAAUGGAUCUCUAUAUGAAUAAUUACUCAUCGGAUCUCUGUGAUAGUAACAACGAAAUGGCGUACACAGCUUGUAAAGUUUUCGGACAUAUCUUAAAUAUUCUGCUAAAAUUGAUCAUGCACACACCUAAUCAUGCUGAACGAGAAUAUGUUAUAUCGAGUGGAAUCAUCGAAUCAAUAACUCGAUUGUUAAUUACAACGCAAGAUUUCGCAAUUCGGAAAGAUAUCUUAAGAUUGUUGAUGAAUAUGAUUGAUCAAUCAGAAUCCUACGUCAAAGAGAUUAUUAACUCAGAUACAAUUGAUAUUUUAUUACAAAUACUUCCAUAUAAAGAUCUGGAGAUGGAACAACUGGUUUUACAACUGAUGGCAAACUUUUUGGGCCAUCCCGAAGGUCGAGGAUGUAUUCCACGAGUACCGAAUGACUUUCUCGAAGCAUUUACCAGUCACUUGAGUCACAACAAUGUCAAAGUUUUGGAUCAUACCAUUUGGUGUUUGACCCAUUGCGCUGAAGCUGAAGACAAUCGCAGACGAAUUCGUAUUACGGGAGCAAUUCCAUUACUACUGUCAUUACUUGAAAAUGGCAGUCGAGGUUUUGAUUUUACACUACCAUCAGCUAGUACAAAUCAACGAUCACAAGGACAAAAUUCGAAAAAAUCCAUGAGAGAAGAUGUCGAAACAGCGUCACGUCGCGAUCAAUUAUUCGACAUGCAAUCAGCUUGUUGUACGUGCUUAGCUGAACUUUCCUAUGACUACACUAAUGGUCAAACGAUAAUUGAACGAAAUGGAAUUUAUAUCCUAGCAGUACUUCUCUUUCCUGAAAACGAAGAUUUUCAAGGUUUAGAAAAGUUUAAUCAUCUCCAACGGAAUGUCUUCCGAACAUUACGAUAUUUAUUCUCAUUGAAUAAAAAUCGUGACCAAUAUCGACGAUUAUUUCCUACUCAAAUCUUCGAAUUGUUUUUGAGUGUUGGCAGUUUUCAGCGUGAUUUAAAUGCUUACAAACCCAUCACGGAUGCAUGGAACACAAUCCACUAUGAUGAAUUAACUAAAGUCAAAGUCGAACGUUUACAAUCACUAAAUCCAAAACAAGAGCCCACUCGAUUCAUACGUGAUUAUGGCCUAUAUGAAUGUUUAGGCUCGGGAGCAUUUGGAUCGGUUUAUCGUGUUGUACGUCGAGGAACGACAACUGUUUGCGCAUUGAAAGAAAUUGAUAAUCGUUCAUUACGACAAGAAAGUGAUCGUAGUCUAGGACAGCGAAUUAACGAAGUGAAAAUCAUUCGAGAAGAGCUUCGUCAUCCGAAUAUUGUCAGUUACUAUCGGAUUUUUGCUGAGAGUGAGAAAUUAUACAUUGUCAUGGAAUUAAUUGCUGGUUCAUCUUUACAAGAUUACUUAUCGUUAUUAAAGGACACAAAUCGGAAAAUGACCGAGGAAAAUAUUUGGAAAGUUUUUAUUCAACUGAUUUUAGCAUUGAGAUAUUUGCACAAAGAAAAAGGAAUCGUUCAUCGAGAUCUCACUGCGAAUAACAUCAUGUUAGACGAUGAAUAUCGAGUGAAAAUUACUGAUUUUGGUCUAGCCAAACUACGUGACAAUGAUUGCAGUAAAAUGACUUCUGUUGUCGGAACACUGUAUUACGCGUGUCCAGAAAUCGUUCAACAUAUGCCAUACAACGAGAAAGCUGAUGUUUGGAGUUUAGGUUGUGUACUGUAUCAUAUGGUGACAUUAGUUCCGCCGUUUUAUACUUCGAAUAUACUUCAACUGGCUGGCAAGAUUUGCGCUAGUGAAUACGAUCAAACUCCAUUGAAAAAUUAUUCGGAUCGUAUACGACAGAUCGUUGUCGAGUGUUUAUGUAUUGAUCCUCUACGCCGACCAGAUAUCUGUUGCGUAUCACAAUUAUGCACCGAACAAUUAAUGUUGUAUACUGAUCGAUCAUGCACAACAAUUCAGACGUUGGAACGACGCUUAAGACAGCAGGAUUAUCAACGUGAACUUGAUUUGAUCAAACAGCAAUCUCAACUACAACAACAAUUUAACUAUCAUCAACGUUGUUUGAGUUGUUCGAGUACGAAGGAAUCGUUAGUAAGUAAUAGUGGUGGUAUUCCUGAUAUGAGUUUUGAUGGAACUGACGGGCAACAAGAUACUCUCAAACCCGAUACAUUUACUGCAGUUUCGGAUUGCGAUACACCUGAGAUUACAUCCAAAGAAUUGGUUUUUAACAAUGCACCACAACCUCCGAGUAGUUCGACACGACCAACCAAUGGUCGCCGUCCGAUACAUCGUGUUUCCUCGGAGCAGUCAUUAAAUUCAAUCGAAACUUCGAUCUAUCAAGCUCGAUCGCCAGAAUCAUCGAAUAUUUCAUUCGAAAGCGGCUAUGACAGUAAUAAUCUCGUGCAACAAACACACGUCUCAUUAAGUUCGUCCAACAUGGAACGAAAACAAAGUCCAUUCAAUCGUUCUCGUCCACCGUCAGCAACUGGAUCGAUUAGUAUUUCACAUAAACGACUUCGACAAACAGAUCCUGUCAGUCAAUUACUUGACAUCGUUCAUAAACUUGUUCAUAUCUCAUUCAUUCCGCCGAACUCAACUGAUAAUAAACAUCGCCGUAUAAUUGACCGAUAUCGGACAUUUCUGUUCUCUAAAGGUUCAGCUCAGCAUUUAAAAAGUGAAUUGACAAAAUUAUUGAAUCAUUCGAGUGAUUCCAUUGAAUUGGACAGCGGAGCAGGAAAACAGGGUAUCGGCAUGCAGUCAUUAACAAAUGCUUCACGUUCUGCAUCAACUAGUUCAUUGAAUCUCAAAGCAGUCGAUUUCACCAUUUCAAACAGUGAUGGAGGUGUGACAUAUGAACAAAUGAUGACAUAUAUCGAACAGUAUCUUCAGGACACUGAUUAUUAUAAAGAUAUACCGCUGUCCUCGAAUGAAUCCGUUCAACCAUCCGUCCAACGAAAUCAACGACCACCGUCCGGAAAGAAAUAA